CUUGCCUUAUUGAGCACAGAUAUAGCUCGUUAAAAAAAAUAUUUAUCAUUUAUAAAUUGGGACAGUAAAUUUAGCAUUUCUUUAUUUAUUUUUUUUUUCGUAAAUUUUCCGUGAAGUAAAAUUGAAGUGUAAAUAAUAUAUAGUAUAGAUAUAUUUAUAAAUAUAUAUAUAUAUAUAUUUAAAUAUAAACACGCCCUGUGAGCCGUCGAAGAACUAGAAAAAGAAGAAGAAGAACAGAUUAAAAUGCCUGCCUGUCGUGAGUUGCGUAUAUUCAAUUCGGCCCGUCGGCUGCUCGGCUGCGAGUCGGCUGCGAUGCGCUGUCGCGCCUUCUCCAGCAAGUGCGACAAGCCCAAGGGAGUUGUCAUCGGCAUCUAUCAGAAGGACGGGGACAAGCCCAUCAAGUCCUCGGAGAACGGUGUGCUGCUCGACGACGCCGUUGGCGGCAAAAUCAUGAGCCUGGUGCGCGAGCGCGGCAUGGAUGGGCGGCCCGGCAAGGGGCUGCUGUUCAAUGGCCUGGAGGGUGAAUUCCAAACGGUGGCCGUCGUGGGCAUGGGCCCAUCGGGCGCCGGCUACAACGAGGCCGAGGAACUGGACGAGGGUAUGGAGAACACGCGCAUCGCCGCCGGAACUGGCGCACGAGCGUUGCAGCUACAACGCAUGAGCGAGGUGCAUGUCGACGGUAUGGACUUCUCAGAGCAGGCUGCUGAGGGCGCGGCGCUCGCGGUGUGGCGCUACAACGCCAAUAAGCGCAAGAAGAACCGCUUGCCCACACCGAAGCUGCACAUGUAUGGCAAGGGCGACCACGAUGGCUGGGUGCGCGGCCUCUUCAAGGCCGAGUCGCAGAAUCUGGCUCGUCGUCUCUCCGAUACCCCCGCGAACCAAAUGACGCCCUCCAUUUUCGCGCAGGCCACCGUGGAUGCGCUCUGUCCGUGCGGCGUCUCCGUGGAGGUGCGCUCGAUGGACUGGAUCGAGGACAUGAGCCUCAACUCGUUCCUGAUGAUUGCCAAGGGCUCCUGCGAGCCGCCGCUGCUGCUCGAGUGCACCUACUGCGGCACAUCGCCCGAGGACAAGGCGGUGCUGCUCCUGGGCCAGGGCCUGACCUUCCACAGCGGCGGCCUCUGCCUCAAGAAGAAGACCGGCAUGGACGAGUACCGCGGCUCCAUGUCCGGUGCGGCCGUCUGCGUGGGCGUCCUCCGAGCCGCCGCCGCCCUCUCGCUGCCCAUGAACAUCUCGGCCGUGCUGCCGCUCUGCGAGCACAUGCCCUCCGGCAUGGCCGUCAAGUGCGGCGACGUGGUGACACUGCUGAACGGCGUCACGCUCGGCAUCAAGAACGUCGACAAGGCGCCUGUCGUAAUGCUGGCGGAUCCGCUGCUCUACGCCCAGGCCAAUUUCAAGCCGAAAAUGAUUGUCAGCGUGGGCGCGAUUGGCGAUGGCGUCAACUGCGGGCUGGGCGGCAGCGCCACCGGACUGUGGAGCAACUCGGCGUACGUGGCCAAGCAGUUCCGCAAGGCGGGCAGCAUUACGGGGGAUCGCGUGUGGCGCAUGCCCCUCUUCCGCUACUUCAAACAGAUCGUCACCACGAACACCACCUACGACAUGAGCAACUGCGGCCGGGGUCCGGCCUCCUCCUGCCUGGCCGCGGCCAUACUGCACACACUGGUGCCCUGCCUCGACUGGGCCCAUCUGGAUAUCCGCGGCACCGGCAUGCUGACCAAGAUCAACACCCUACCCUAUCUGCUCAAGGACAGUAUGACUGGUCGGCCCACGCGCACGAUCAUUCAGUUUAUGUAUCAGCUAGCCUGCGCCCAGACUUAAGACAGACAUCCCUCGAUUGUUGGUGUUUAUUUUUCUAUUCUCAUGUAUUCCUCCCGAUAUGUACGUUUGGCUCUCGUGUAUAAAAUGGACAAGUUAGCGCUAGAUAGAGUGACAAUUAAAAGUCGAAAUGUACCAAAAAAAAAACAAGUGAAAAAUUCUCAUCUCUCUUGGUCUGUAAUGGGAUCUGAAUGAAUUGACUUUUAGAUUAGACUUGGACUCGUUCUGGCAGCCAUUAAAUAUGUCGAAAUUCUAUUUAUAGACAAAUUCUAUGUAUUAUCGUAUAUUCUAUUGUAUUUAUAUUUGGCACUGUAAUCAGAUUUCGAUAUUUACCCCUGUCCUCAAGCAGCAUUUUCUUUAAAUGAUAAGUCAAAUAAAACCAAAUGUAGACAAA